UUACCCACCCCAGCAAGGAUAUGAAAACAUCAAGUCGUACGCUAUUUUGUCUGGUGUCUUCAAUUUUCCUUUUAAUCAACAAAUAUGUAGCUUCAAGGGAAAACGGGGGCUGGAGCACAGACUACUUUUUAUUAGCUAAUCCAGGGCCCUGCACAGUUGAAGUUAGAAAAGCUUCUUCAUUAUCACAAGAAGAAUUUAUACAAAGAUAUGCCUAUACAAAGCCAGUAAUUAUUCAACAUGCAACAGACAAUUCAAAAUUUUAUGGAAUAUGUGAGAAAGAGCUAAUGUUGGAAAAGUAUGGAUCUAAAAAGAUUAGAUUAAGUUCUGCAAAUACACACUCCUAUGACAAAAGGGAUGUAACUCUUAAGUAUUAUGUAGAGAAUGUUAUGAAGCCCCAGACACUGGAAAUGUUAGGAAACGAGACAUUUUACUGGUUUGGGGAUAACAAUUACACAGAGUGGAAGGAGUUGUUCAGUCAGUACAACCCUCCCCCUUACCAGCUUCCCAGGAUGACUGGUGCUUACAGCUUUGGGGUGGCAGGAGCUGGUACUGGUGUACCCUUCCAUUUUCAUGGUCCUGGAUUUGGAGAAGUUAUUUUUGGCAGAAAAAGAUGGUUCCUUUACCCCCCAGAGAAGACUCCCUCAUUCCAUCCAAACAGAACCACCUUACAGUGGUUGAUAGAAGACUAUCCAAAGCUUCACCCUGAAGACUAUCCAUUAGACUGUACAAUCAAUCAAGGAGAGAUAAUCUACUUCCCAGAUAGAUGGUGGCAUGGUACCUUAAACCUUGACACAAGUGUUUUUAUAUCAACUUUUUUGGGUUAAUAAAUAUUUAUUUAUAUUUUA